AUGUCUUUAAAUUAUAUUAGAAAUUUCUAUGAAGGAUGUCUCAGGCCUCCGACAGUGAUUGGCCAGUUCCACACCCUGUUCUUCGGCUCAGUGCGUAUGUUCUUUCUGGGAGUGUUGGGAUUCGCAGUCUAUGGGAACGAAGCUUUGCAUUUCAGCUGUGACCCCGACAGGAGAGAGUUAAACCUCUUCUGUUACAAUCAGUUCCGGCCUAUCACUCCACAGGUGUUUUGGGCUUUACAGUUGGUCUCCGUCUUAGUUCCUGGAGCGGUUUUUCACCUCCACGCUGCUUGUCGUAACAUUGAGCAAGAGGUGAUCCUACAGAGACCUGCCUUCACUGUCUUUUACAUCAUUUCUGUCCUGUCCAGAAUCAUCUUGGAGACCGUGGCCUUUUGGCUCCAGAGUCACCUGUUUGGGUUCCAGGUUCAUCCAGUCUUCCGUUGCAAUGCCACGUCCCUCGAUAAGCGUUUUAACAUCACCAAGUGCAUGGUUCCCGAGCACUUCGAGAAGACCAUUUUCCUCAUUGCCAUGUACACCUUCACUGCCAUCACUGUUGUGUUGUGUGCUGCCGAGGUCUUCGAGAUCCUGUGCAGGAGGCUGGGCUAUUUGUCCAGCUCAUAA